AUGGGAGAUGGAAAGUGCUACAGCUUUGCCAUGAGUCGUCUGUGGUUCUGUGUUUUGCUUGUGAGCAUCGCCUGUCGUCUGAGCUUUUCUCAGGAUGUUGCUGGAACUCCCACAGAAGCAGAGUUAAACGACAACAUCACCAUCUUCACUCGCAUCCUGGACGGGCUGCUGGAUGGAUAUGACAACAGACUCCGUCCCGGGCUGGGAGAGAAGGUGACAGAAAUCAAAACCAAUAUCUUUGUCACAAGCUUUGGCCCAGUCUCUGACACAGAAAUGGAAUACACCAUUGAUGUCUUUUUCCGUCAAAGCUGGAAGGACGAGAGGCUUUGCUUCAAAGGCCCAAUGCAGAUGCUGGCUCUGAAUAACCUGCUGGCCAGCAACAUCUGGACCCCAGACACCUUCUUCCUGAAUGGGAAAAAGUCCAUUGCACACAACAUGACCACACCGAACAAGCUGCUGAGGCUGAAGGAUGAUGGGACGCUCCUGUACACCAUGAGACUCACUAUCUCAGCAGAAUGCCCCAUGCAGCUGGAGGAUUUCCCCAUGGAUGCCCACGCGUGCCCCCUUAAAUUUGGAAGCUAUGCCUAUCCUGUCUCAGAAGUGGUGUACGAGUGGACUCAGGGAGCAGCCAAGUCAGUGGUGGUGGCAGAAGAAGGCUCGCGACUCAAUCAGUACCAUCUGAUCGGCCAGACAGCAGGAACAGAGAACAUCUUCACCAGUCGAGGUGAGUACACGGUGAUGAUGGCUCACUUUUACCUGAAGAGGAAAAUUGGUUAUUUUGUCAUCCAGACGUACAUGCCAUGCUUCAUGACUGUAAUCCUGUCGCAAGUUUCAUUUUGGCUCAACCGAGAGUCUGUGCCAGCGAGAACCGUCUUUGGUGUGACCACGGUCCUCACCAUGACUACCCUCAGCAUCAGUGCCAGAAACUCCCUACCUAAAGUGGCUUAUGCCACUGCCAUGGACUGGUUUAUUGCUGUGUGCUAUGCCUUUGUCUUCUCUGCCCUUAUCGAAUUUGCCACAGUAAAUUAUUUUACCAAGAGGAGCUGGGCCUGGGAUGGAAAAAAGGCCAUGGAGGCCCAACAGCCCAAAAAAAAGGACCCUUUAGCUCUGUCAAAGAAGCCAAACAACACCUGUUCAGCUGGUGUGAAUUACACAGCCAACCUUACGAAGGACUCAUCCAUCUCUACAAUCUCAAACAGCACAACUGUUCAGCUCAAACCAUCUGAAACCAAGGCCCCAGACCCCAAAAAGACUUACAACAGUGUGAGCAAGAUCGACAAGAUGUCCAGAAUAGUGUUCCCUGUGCUGUUUGGGACCUUCAACCUGGUGUACUGGGCUACGUAUCUCAACAGGGAACCUGUGAUCAAAGGAGCUGUGUAA